ACAAGUUCAAAUCUUCAUCUUGGCUUGCUACGAUCUUUAUAUAUUCUUUUCUUUCUUGUUUGGACAGCCGAAAGAGGUCUGAUGAGUGUAGAUUCAGACAACUGUUAUUCCAUCACUUUAUAAACACAAGCUGCUGCUGCCUUCCACAUGUUCUGUUUUUCAUCUCUGUAAUUGGAACUAGUCAAUAGAAGUAGGAUUAAGGAAGAACUGUCCAAGGAAGACUGGUCCCUACAGAUUGGGCAAAAGGUGUUUUUAUUCGUAAGAAUGGAUAGGCUGAACUCAAAGCUGUACAUGCAGAACUGUUACAUAAUGAAAGAAAAUGAGAGGCUAAGGAAGAAAGCACAGCUUCUCAACCAGGAGAAUCAAGUGCUGCUUUCUGAGCUGAAACAGAAGCUCUCCAAGGGAAACCCGAAAACCCAUGCUCCAAACACUAUUCCUGACCUCAAUCUCUGCUCCAGCUCGACCCAAAAUCCUUCCGGUUCCAGCAACUGAUCUAGCAGGAUAAAUAUCAUUGACUCCACUUAGACUCCCUUGGUCUUUUUUUUUCUCUUUUGUGUAAAACCAUGGUCAGCAAUAGUACUAGUUCCAGUUUCAGUUAUGUAGGACAGUAGUAGUGUAUCUUUUCUCCAAGGGUCACUUUUGCUUCUAUUUCUAUCUGUCGUCAUAUCUUCUUUUUUUGGGGGGGUUAAGAUAUUGAUUUCUGAACUACAAGGAUGUAUCAGGCUAUAUAUCUACUAGAAAGGAAUAUAAUAUUAUCAUAGUUUUAGAUCUCUCUCUAUCUCUCUCCCUCUUGUGAGCUGGACUUCUAGAUUUAAUUAACAUCUCCAUUAGUUGCUAUAUAUCUU